GCACCCCAUGGAAGGUCCGGCUCACCUGACGUUAAACAGCGAAGUAGGGUCCUUACUGUUCUCCGAGGGGGGGGCCGGGAGAGGAGGAGCCGGCGAUGUGCACCAGCCGACAAAAGGCAAAGAGGAAUUUGUGGCGACCUUCAAAGGCAAUGAGUUCUUCUGCUAUGACCUGUCACACAACCCAAUCCAGAGCAGCACUGACGAGAUCACGCUGGCCUUCCGCACCCUGCAGCGCAACGGGCUGAUGCUGCACACGGGCAAGUCAGCUGACUACGUCAACCUGUCCCUCAAGUCUGGGGCCGUCUGGCUGGUCAUCAACCUAGGCUCGGGUGCCUUCGAGGCCCUCGUGGAACCUGUCAAUGGCAAGUUCAAUGACAAUGCCUGGCACGACGUCCGGGUCACCCGAAACCUGCGCCAGCACGCAGGGAUUGGACACGCUAUGGUAAACAAACUGCAUUAUCUGGUAGAUAUCACUCUAAUUGUCUUACCGUUUGGUUUGCCGUGGGUUUUUUUAACUGUUCGAUUCUCCCUCUUUUGUUUCCUCUCCCUGUUUGGUUUUGGUUGAUUUGCUCUU